AGUUGUGAAGUAAAAAAGUGUAGAAGUGAAAAUUCUGAUCUGAGCUAGCUGACACGAUUUGAGAUUUUUUGCAAGAAGCCCGGUCUGUUGUACGUAGCUAGCUAGCUAGCUGGCGAGAUCGUGAAGUCGUGCUUUUUUUGUUCACAUCAUUGAACUCAGUUGUACAAGUCAGUGUUAGUUUUUGGCGAAGUAGUGUUGGGUUCUGUGCCGCGAGCAUCCUUUGUAGUUUUACGCGAGUACGUUUCUCUAAGACUAACAAUGGCGGAUUCCGACGACUUCGCUUGGGACGCUGACGAUUUUGAUCCUGACGCUGGAUUUGCGAAGCCCAAUGGUGACAAAUGGGUAGGAGAGGAUGAAAAUCUAGUAAUUCCUGUUGAGGAUCAAGCUAGCGCUGCAACCGGCAAUGGUUCGAGUGCAUCCAGCAAGCCAAAGAAGUCAAAGAGUGAAAGGAUCGAGGAGAAGAAAGCUGCGAGACGGAAAGGAGAGGAUGACGACUCCGCUACACUGACGGAGAUGGAAGAGAAGCUAAAGAGGCUCAUGCUUCAGAAACAGGCCGACCUUGGUCACGCUCAGGAUUUGUUCGGCGAGGCCACGAAUACUAUUCCUCAGACCACUGAAGAGUUUGCCGAGCUAGGAAAGACGCUGGCAGAUCAGGUCUCCAAAUUCUCAGGAGAAGCUGGCUAUUUCACACUGCUGGAGAACUUGGUACGCCAUGCAACUGUAUCAAUGGAUCCCGAGGAUUGCCGUCGGCUCGCGGCCACACUGACGGCCGUUGCACAGGAGAAAAACAAGCUCGUGAAGGACAAGAAGGGGCCCGCGAAGAAAAAGGGAAAGAAGUUGAACCUGAGCAAGGGAGCGAAGCGUGAUGAGUUUGACUUGACCGGUGGCGGUGAUGGGGGUGGCUACGACGACGACAUGGACUUCAUGUGAAGACAUCCGAGCUGAGUUAUGGCCAGCGCGUGCGUCUGUGUGUGUUGUUGGUGGGUCCGUUUGAGUGGCUGUGUUGUGCUCGAGUGCGGCUUAGUAUGAACAUGUUUGUGUCGCCCCCGCCGACGCCAGGUCGGAGAGUUUUGCGGGUGGUGGGAGCAUUGCUUGAGUGACCUAUUCGAUAAAGUGUUUUGAUUUCGCUUGUGCCGCCGUCGCCAGUUAGCCUUGUACCGCGCUGCCAGAGCCCCACGCUAUGGGUGUUAGCGUCCGUCCUGCUUGGCAAGGCAAGCUGCCUACGCUUUCAACAAGACCUGAUCUCCGGCUGGAUUCCCUUGGGGCGCUGCAUGACUGCUCGCCCUCCGCUGCUUGACAACCCUACCCCCCCCCCCCCUCGCCCAUGUCGAGCUAGCACAGCGGUCGCACCAGGCUCUUACACCACCGCUGCUGCUGCUGCAUCUAUUCUGGCAUCACGCCUCGCAUCGCAACUGCUGUGUGCUUUUGUUGGUUAGAUGCACCUCGGGCGUUUUGAGCUAUCUCUCCACGAAAGAUAACGCUAUUCUUUUUUUCUAUCCUAUCUCUUUGCUUUUCUGCUCUCUUUUUUUUUACUGCUCAAUUACUUUAAUCUUUUCUUGGUCUUUUGUAGGCUGCAGCCAUUGUUUGCUGCUGCUUCUGCUAUGCUGCUAUUUCAGAUCUAAUUGGUUGUGUUACCUGCUCUCACAAGAUAACAUGGUACACUCUUGCCCGCUAUGGCGUGCAUUUACCAGCCGCAUCCUGUAUAUAGCUCCUAAAACUGUAGAA